AUGGACGAAUGUGUAAUAGCCAAGGACCUCCUAGAAAGAUUAGCUCGGCAAGGCCUCUUGGACAAAUAUGUCGAAGGUCGGAAAAGCAGAGAAACCAAAAGAGAACCAGAGGAGCGCUCAACAGAGAAAGAAAAGGGAAAAUGGACAAUAACAGAUCCUCCCAGGGGAAUCAUAAACUGCAUAUCAGGAGGAUAUGCGGGAGGAGGUGAAACAAGCUCGGCCCGAAAAAGGAGUUACCGAGCAAUGUUGGCAAUCGAAGGAAUAAUACCUGCAACAACUCACAACACAAAAGAACCAGAGAUAACCUUUAGUCAAGGCGACAUAACUUCAACAAGUCCAAACUUGGACGACCCUGUGGUGAUAUCUAUACAAACUGGGGAACUAUUGGUAAGGAAGGUGCUUCUAGACCCAGGUAGUAGUGCUGAUGUACUUUUUUAUUCAACCUUUAUAAAAAUGCAAUUGUCUGAAAAAGCCAUACAACCGUCAUCUGGAGAACUAGUUGGGUUCUCCGGAGAAAGGGUCCCAAUAAAAGGACACAUAUGGCUAAAAGCAACAAUGGGCAACCCCCUAUUGGCAAGAGCUGUGGACAUCCAAUAUCUCAUAGUUAACUGUCCUAGUCCUUAUAACAUUAUACUCGGAAGACCUGCCCUGAAUAACUUCAGAGCGGUAGUAUCUACAUUACACUUGUGUGUUAAGUUUCAGGCACAAAACAACAAAGUAGCAACAAUACAUUCAGACCGACAACAAGCUCGACAAUGCUACAACGCUAGCUUAAAGAAAACCAAUAUACAACCAAAAGCUGACCUAGAAGCAAAAACAAGUCAUGGCAGAUCCGAGGUGUUGACGAACUCCAACAGAUUCCUCUGA